UGUCAUCCAUAAGCGGCGGGCGACAGUUUUCCAUGGCUUCGGGCGGCCCAUAUGCGCCCCAUCCGACCUAAAUCACAAAUCGAUCGAGUCCCUACCCGUAACGCAGCCAAGCGAGAAGGUAGUGGAGAAGGGAGGCAUUGCCGCCGCCAAGAGGGCCGCCUCCUCGGCCAGGAGGGUGUCCUGCUCUGCUGCCGCUGCCGCUGCCUUCGUAGGAGUUGUUUUCUCCCUCGAGGGGUUUGGUAUGAUCGCUUGCACUUUACCCUAGAGGAUUCUAUGAAGCUCUUGACAUUAUUUAAGAUGCUGAGAACAUGCGUGACUAGAGAGACCUGUGGAGCUAAGAUAUGCAUAGAUCCUCAUCUGGUCCAGUUCCUCGUGGCAAAGACAAGUAGAAGACAAAGGAGUCCCCACAAACAUGCGGCACCACUCACCAAGGCGAACUGAUAGGAUCAGCCUGCGUGAGAUAAAGAGGGAGGAUGAUGCACUGCUGUUUAUGGAGUAGGGACGAAGCGAAAAAAUGAGCAUUUUUAUGCCAAGACGAACGACCUCCAUGGUGGGGUUUCGGCGUUUGAGGCACCUUACUGCCACAUUCUGCUGUCCUUGACCUGGUCCUGAGCCCCCUAAGAGAUGGCGACCCUCGAACCCUUACCCUCCAUAGAAAGCCAUGGACCAACCUCGCCCUCCUAAUCUCCUCUGUAAAUUAUUCCUAUCAGGUGCCCUCCAUUGUGGUAUUGGGCAUCUCACUCGGACAGCUGCUGUGGUGGUAACAAAUACUUUUUGGACACCCUUGUGUGUAAAG